AUGGCUCUACUUGCGGGCAAGAUUGCAGCUAUUACAGGCGGCGUCACGGGUAUUGGUAGGGGUAUCGCGUUAGCAUUCCUGGAUCAUGGUGCUUCGGUAGCGGUCAACUUUAUGGAAGACUCUUCAUCACAGAAGAGCUUCGAGCAGCUAAAACAGAAACUCGGCAACGACGGCAAGAGACUUAUCGGCAUACCGGGAGAUAUCAGGAAGCGUGCCACAGGAACCGAGCUUGUGAAACAGGCAGUAAAAGAAUUCGGAGGCCUAGAUGUGUUUGUCGCCAAUGCGGGUGUCAGCCAGUUCCGCGAUUUUUUGGACGUGGACGAGGAGACUUUACAGUCGCACAUUCAGACAAAUAUCGCUGGUACGUUCUGGACCACUCAGGCCGCUGCCAGGCAAAUGGUAAGCCAGGGUCGCGGUGGCAGCAUCAUUGGCAUUAGCAGUAUCAGCGCCCACCUUGGCGGUGCACAGCAAGUUCACUAUACGCCCACUAAGGCCGCCGUUCUGUCGAUGAUGCAGUCCCAAGCUUGUGCUCUAGGAAAGUAUGGAAUUCGUUGUAACGCUUUACUCCCGGGGACGACGAGGACAGCGCUUGCAUUUGAUGACUUAGAAAAACCCGGGAAGCUGAAGUAUUUGGAGGACCGAACACCAUUGGGUCGCGUGGGCGACCCGGAGGACUUGGGUGGACCGGCAGUGUUCCUAGCUAGCGAUCUAAGCAAGUGGGUUUCGGGAGCCCAGCUUCUCGUUGAUGGUGGUAUUUCCAUAAGCUUGCAAUAA